GGUCAUAUCAAGUUUCUAUGGCGAUUUUGGUGCUCUUUAUAUAGAAUUAAUAUGACUCAGAUAAAGCUGGAAGCUAGGCAAGCUGCUGUGAUGCGAGAAUGAAUGGCCUGUGUGUCUCCCUACGCUGGGUUGCCAGCAUGUUGCCAUCAAAUCAUCCUGCUAUCAGCCUAUUGGUGGAUCCACUGACAUCAGAGGGAUGCCUUUGUAGGAGAGUGGUGAAGGCACUCACUCAUCCAGGGAUCUACUGCUCCCUACUGACGAGGAUACUGCCAAAGGAAAGACCAUUAAGUGACUUCUCUGCUCUAGUGCAUAAGCUUGCACGUCAUGGCGUGUUCAUGACAGAGGAGGUUAACAGCUCAUCCCUUGAGCAGACAGCACCAAUCAGACAAGCCAGCCACUUGGCAGUGAUGGAGGGGCUCAUGACACUCUAUACUAGGUCCAUAGCUACCCUACCAGCUAUCGUGAGGACUAUCCGACGUGUGGGUAAACUAGUCGCCUCCAAGGACCUUCCCUGUACUGUCUCAGAGGGUCUAUUACUCUGGCUCAAUAAGAUGCCUCUAGUGAGAACACCAGCCUCUACUCUCACAGACGCUCUGCAUGCUGGCCAGUGCCUGCCUGCUUUACUACUGCACUACACACCCAAGCUCUUCACAGUGUCAGAUUUCCACCUUGGCAAAUCACUCUCGCCUCAACAAGCAUUGGAUAAUCUGACAAAAGCUGUUUCAUUCCUCAACCAUCAUUUGGAUCGACCAGGGUUCCACAUUCUACCAGAGGAACUGCAUCGAUCACCCACAACUCACUUGAGUACUAACACUACUGCCCUUGUGGCACACCUAUACCACUGUCUAGAGAACAAACACUACAGCAGGACAACCCUCCAGUCUACCUCCGAUAUCUCUCUUAGUAGACGUACUGUGUUUAAGGCCCCACUGAGGGGAUCUAUGUCCAGUCAUGACCUCAUCUCGGCUGAUGCUCUCCCCCCACAAGCGGUGACUGUGUUUAAGGCCCCACUGAGGGGAUCUAUGUCCAGUCAUGACCUCAUCUCGGCUGAUGCUCUCCCCCCACAAACAUUCCUACAACCUCGCCUCUCAAUCACACGACUCAAAACUUCAGCACCUCCUUUAGAGGAGCUACGCAGAAGCUUCACAGUGUCUACACAUCAGACUGCCCUUGCUGCUGGCCUCACAGUCAUUGAACCUCCAUUGAAUGAUCAUCCAGAGAGUGGUGAAGAGGAAUCUAGACACAUCCAUCUCUCAAUAUACCCACCUGCCAUGGCCUCUACUCUCUCUACUCCAGAGCCAUCAGAGAAGCUGCAACAAUUGCUAGCAGUGUAUGAGAGAAUCAAAGGGAGAGAUAAUCUUGCUAGAGAGAAUAGAAGGAAACUAAUUUGUUCAGCACUUUUCAAGGAAGAUAGUGGCACAUCACUCGGCAAGUUCCCCUUCUCUCCCAUACAAGGAACCAGCAACCCCAGUCCUGUAGUCGCUCCCGAGGACAACCCAUGGACACAAGGAACUGCAAAGGGUAACGACGAGUUACUGCGGCAACAACGAGAGGCUGAUGUACGUGCUCGACUAUAUGAGCGUGAGCGUGUGCGACGUGUGGCCACUGUGGAGCGGAGACACACUGGUGGGGACAUCAUCACACACACUGGACCUGACCUAUAUAUUGCCCCUCGUGCUAAAUCCAACAAGAAGCUCAUCAAGAAUGCAAUAUCAUAUGUGUGUCUAGCAGGGGAGCCUAAUGUGUCAGCCAAGCAGAGAGCUCUGGCAGAGUUGGAGAGCUGCUCUGCUAGUCAUGUCAUGGUACUCUUCAGAGAUAUCAUUGGAUUCAAGUUCAGAGGUCUCUAUUCCUAUUUACCAGACUCUGACCAGGUGGUCAAGUUGUUUGGGAAUGGUCCAAAGGUCAUCAAGUCAGCCAUGGUGGCUCAUGUCUACAAAUACAACUCUGGUCGUAAGGAGUUCAGAGAAGUGCCCACUAGAGCGUUGUCUGUGUCAGUGGAUGCCCUCACUAUUCAACCAGAGUGCUGGGCCAAGAAGGGACGCAGAUAUAACUGACUGACACUUGUUUGUGUGUUGUCUGUCUCAAUUGCUGUUUGUACAAAAUGUUGACUGCAAAUUUGUGUAAAUUAUUCAUCAUAA